AUGGCGGCAAAAACACUUUGUGUUUUUUACUUCUGCCUAUUGUUAUUUAUUUCUACAGUAAUCGGGCAACUUCCAAAGAAAGAAAAAUACUAUGCUAUUAAAGAGGACCUUCCUUAUAUUAGAUGUGAAACAUGUCAAAAGGCGGUAAAAUAUUUAUAUGGAAAAACGCAGGAAAUGCGACGAGGUGCUGCAGCGAAAAAGGUAAGCUUUGCUUAGUAAGGCUAGAUCUGACGCGCUUCUUUGUAGUUGAUGGUGUUUUUUCAUAUUCUAUGCAGAAAAAUAUAGAUGGCGUAGAAAAUAUUUUCUUACUCGAAAAAUAAGAGAUUUUGAGCUACGGAUCUAUGUUUGAAGACGCCUUCAUGCAGAAGUCCUGAGUCUUGCUCCGCCGUCUGUAUAAAGCCCACACAAAUACAAAAAUCUUGAUGUGGGUUAUUUUUCAGACAAUAUUUUUGUACCUCAUGACUAGGUAAAGCUCAGGAUUUGGACUUCAUGCUUUCAGAGAAAAAAGCUUAUUUUGACUUGUAAGCUUGGGGCGGCUAUUUAAAUUAAACCUCAGGCUACAGGUAGUAGGGUCGCCGGGGGGGAGGGUACUCUGGAUUUCAAGUGACAGGGAUGAUCGAAGGAUUUGGCGGGGUUUAAAAUUUUCGAUUUCGGGAUGUUUUUGGGUUGGAAAAUAUUGGCAAAAUUUUUCAGGGGUAGUUUGAUUUAAGCAGGGAUUAUUUUGGGUAUUCAAACUAAUGUUUCCUUUUUUGGUGUUAUAUCAUUUAAUGCUUUCUGGAAAUUUUUAUGGCUCGGAUAUUCGGCAUGGGAUUUUUUGGUGUUAAAGUUUGGUCUAGGGAUUUUUUGGGGGUUUUGAUUUUUGCCCCAUUCUAUCAUCCCUGUCACGUGAAAUCCAGAGUACCCCCUCCCCUGGGAGUGGGGUGCUGGCCUGGGGCAUGUUCCUGGGAAUUCUUGGUUGGGGUGUGCUGCCUGGUUCUCCAAAUCCUGAAAAAUCCCAUUUUCCACUCCGAUUUUCAGACCUGGCCUCUAAAAUCUAUUCCCUUUUUCAGACCUGGCCCCCAAGAAAUUAUGUUAUCAUUACUUAGAUUAGGAUGCCAACAAAAAAAAGAUUUCUUAAAAUCUGAUUCAAAUUUGCAUAUUUCUCUUUCUUUCUUACUCAUUUGGCCAUGGAAUUGAAACGAUUAAUAUGUUCAUACACUCCCGCAGUUUCCUCGAAAACCAUACCCGAUUCCAGACCAGAAUGGUGCAAAAAACCAUACUCUUUGGGUCGGCACAUACCUCUACAGCUUAUAUAAGGGAGUACCCCCCCUCCCCCCCCCCCCACUGCUGGGUGCUUUGUCCUGGAAUUUUUUUUUCCUUCUCCACAUGGAGUCUUAAGUUGAAACAAGAAGCUAUAUUGACCUUCCUUCUUAAAUGCCCGGGUCAGCAUUUGAAGUCCUUCAUGGUAUAUCCCUAGCUUGAAUUUCAGUAACCUCUGAAUUGACUGGCCAUUAAUGCCAUCCAGUGACGUCACUACUAAGCGUUUGCUUUAAUGCAAGCAAAAAGUAAAACACGAUUUUCAACAGGCAAACAAAGAAAUAUUGUCUGGAAAUGUCUACAUGAUACAGAAUUGCUUUACUAUUUUUAUUGUAAUUCAUGUUUCAAUAAUUUAUGUUCUAACUGUCAACUGCAUGCAGUACUCUGAGCGAAUCUGCUGUAGUUCAAUGAUCAAACUCAAUCGCAAUCACGCAAUGAAAUAAACACACACAGAACACUUCAAAAACACAACAAUUUGCUUUAAUUGAAAAGAAGCUGUUUGGUCCUUAAUGAAGAGGAAAGAAAACAAGAAAGAAAAGCUAGCAGAAUAAUUACACUUGAUGGUGGAAAUGACAAGAAGGUCAAAUAUUUAUAACUGAAAUCUCAGAAAACUUUGCAUAAACGAAAUUGCUGUCGAUUGCGGUUUUGCUGCAAACUAUCAUGAAUUAGAUAAGAAAAAACCAAAAAUAAUAAUAACUCUCUGGAACCCAGGGUAGUGAUAAUGCUGAUAUUAACCAUAAUUUUCAGUUGAUUUGAAAUUUUUUGGAAUGGUGUUGUUUGGUUAUUAUACAUUGGUUUCUUCCUUCUGGGCCUAACACAGGGCAAAAAAAAAAAAUUCACCCAUUUGAGCAUUCAAGUAGUUUUGGCUCAUGUCCCCAGUUUCCUGAUAGCACUAUCCACCAUGUUAUUGGUUUCCUUUUCACUUUAUAUCCACUGGAUAGUGAUUUAUUGGGCCCCAGUUGUUCAAACAUUGGACGGCACUAUCCACUGGAUAAAGCACUCUCCAGGGGAUAAGUAUUACGGAAAUCAAUUAUUACGCUAUCCGUGGGAUAGAGAUUUAUUUGGAGGGUAGCGCUAUCCAAUGUUUCAACAACCAGGGCCUGGUGGAUAGCACUUUCCAUCUUUUGAACAACUAGGGCCAGAUCAGUAAGUCAGUAAAAUCACUCCCCUGACCAGACAAGGUGAUAAUAUUGAAUGCAAUAUUUCCUAUGUGUUUUGUCUGUCUUUGUCCAUGUUUACAAAUAUCUCAAAUGGAGUCAGUUGCAACAUAGCUGGAGGCAGGGUCCUUUCCGAUUAAAGUAAUAUUUUCAAAAUGGGAAAAAUGAAGUGACUUUUCCUUUUGGCUCUGCAGCUUGAGGAGGAUAAAGUUAUUGAUAUGGUGGAAAAGUCCUGCAAUCCAGAAAAAGAUGAAGGGAGCUGGAUAUCCAAAAUAGAUCUGAAAGAAAAGAAUGGAGAGUUACGCCUUUUGGAGCAAGAGAAUGUUGGGAAAUGUAAAAGAGAGUGCCAGACAAUUUCAAAAGCGUGUGAGGAGUCUGUAGCAGAAGUGGAUACAGAUCUUGCAGAGCUCUUAUGGAAAGAUAAGUUGUCAUUGUCAAAACUGAUCAAUGAAGUUUGUUAUUCAAUGUCAAGUGCAUGCAAAGGAAAGUCAUCAAAGCUCAAGGCUGGAGACAGAAAGGUUGACGAAAGUUUUCAAGUUUUGACUGAAGAUGAGAAGAAAGCGGAAGAUAUCUUAAAACAAAUGAGGUAAUGCAGAAGUUCUGUUGUUUUUGUUUGGUUUUUCUCUCCUCAGACUCACCUAGUUUCCAAUUGUGAGUACAUAUAUGUAUGACAAAUAAAGAAAGAUGGUAAUUUUUUAACUUUGGUGAAGAAAUAGGGAAUGAUGUGAUCAACAUGUCACGAGCAUGGGACAAAGAAAAAAUCUGAGUCCCCAAAUUGAACCUAUGACUUUCUGCACAGAGCUUAAAAUUUACCAUCUUUCUUCCGACAUUGCUGAUCCUUGCAGUAUGUAGGAUGCAUGUCAUACGUGAACCUUGUAAUGCAUAUGACCCAGCUCGCCAUGAGUCCUUCGUAGCUCAAUGGUUAGAGUAUUCGACCGGUCUGUGGAAGGUCAUAGGUUCAAUUCGUUUUGGGGACUCAGAUUUUUUCUUUGUCCCAUGCUUGUGACAUGUUGAUACAGUCAACUCUCUCUAAGACGGACGUACACCUUUAGGACCGGCACUAGCUGUGCGUCUUAGAGAGAUGUCCAUCUUAUAGAAAGUUAAAUAGAGGGAGCUAAGAAAGGCAGGGACCAACUCUAGGUGUCCGUUUCACAGAGGUGUCCGUCUUAUAGAGGUGUCCGUUAAGAGAGAGUCGACCUUACAUCAUUUCUUAUGCAUAUAAUGUGUUAGUACCCACCCUGAAAGCUGAGUACCUCCUUUUGUCUUCUUCUUGAUGGAGGAGGAGAAAAGAAGGCUCUGACUGAAUUGGGUCAAUCCUUCAAAGUUGCCACAGCUCAUAUUUAAGGCCUUCCAAUUAGGAUGUAUGCUGCCACUUUUUCUGUCAUUUCUGAGACUGCCUGUUGCCUUGCAUGUCAGGAAAGGUCUUGCUGUCUUAUUUUAGGUUAGGAAAUAUGUCACUGUCUAGGAAGAAAAUUUUGCUGAUACUCAAUUUUGGAAUUUAUGGCAGAUAUAGCACCUGGCGGAAAGAGUUAAUAAAUAAAUUGUUAUUAAUCUUUGUCCGUGGAGGGACCGUUCUUCAAUAAUACCAUCAUUAGAAAACAUUUCAAAGAAAGUAACAGAAAGUGUUCGGAAACAACAGAAGAGCGAUCAUUAUUUUGGAACUAAAACACCAAAAAUAUAAAGACAUCAGAUGUCGCUUUCCCUAAUUAAAAAAAGGAUUAUUGCUGUCACAAUUCUCUCCUCCUUUUCUGUUGAUUGUCGGUGCUUUCUGAGAAGUUUGUCGCCAGUUUUUGAGCCAUGUCACCUGUCACUUUUACCCCCUUGGAAGGCAUCAUAUUUCUCGACUAAUUAUUCUUAUUUUCUCUCAUCAAACUGGUUUUGAGUGGGGGCAUCUGUUUACUGCUAAACCACUGGACAUAUUUUAAUAGACCUUGUUAGCUUGUAUGUUAUCUUCAGGGAAUUGCAUUUUGUCUUUUUAUUUUAAUUGUGUAUACAUAUGUACAUGGAUGCAUGUGCAUAAGAUGACAUUUGAAAGAAACAGCUCUCCAGGGUACCAUCACCUGGUCUGAAAUGGGAAAACUAAACAUUCAAUAUUGGCUAAAAAAGGUCUAUUGAGUUCACUGUACCAAGCACAAAGCCAUUAGGUCUGGGUGUUGAAACUGUAUCCUUAGCAACAUGCAGGACAUACUCAACAAAGAUCCUACUCCAUUCAAGCAGAGUCUUUCUUGAGUAUGCCAAAAUUGAGCAAGUGAAAGAAAGGAUUUACAUUUUAUUUAUUUAGUAGAUAAAGUUCACCUUGCUUCUUGAUCACCCACUUUCCAGACAAAAGGAACAUCAAAAUCAGUGCAUAAUUGUCCAUGAAGUACAUGUAAUCUAUGUCUUGUAUAAAAAUAUGACAGUAGAGACGGGUGGAAAGGUGCUUGCAAGUUGGGGGCAGGUGUGGAAAGAAAGAUAACCCACGUCCCCCUCUCUACCAGUGGGAUCAGGGGGCCUCCCUGGGGAAAAUGUUUAUUUUGGGGGCCCUGAAAAGUGAAUUUCAUUUUGUUUGAGAUAUUCAAGCUUUAUUUGUUUACAUUCACAAUAAAUAAAUUACAAAUACAAUAUACAAUAUUAUUUUAUUCUCAUGACAUAAAGAUAUACUGAACAAUAAUAUUAUGAUAUUACAGAGAUCAAUACAAUAAUGAAUUCAAAAGAUAUUAUUCUAAUGACAUAAACAUUUAAGAUUUUGCAUGGCCAGUGAAAACAUUUAAGACUCCAGGAUGGUACACUUUUUACCCACAUUUGGUUUAUUUUAUAUCCUUUAAAAAAAUUUCUGUAAGUGGCCGGUUCUUUCAUUAUGACUUGAAGGAGACUUUCACUGGUUGCCAGCACUUCUGGAGAACCAAUAAUUAUUAUUAUUGUCCCUCUGUAAACUAAGAUUAGGACUUAAAAAUAAAAUGCUGUUGUUGCAGAGGAAUCCCAGGAAUGCCUGGUAUGGAGAUGUAUUCGCGAGAAGACAUAAAAAAAAUGCAGGAUCAGCUUGGUGCCCAACAGAAGGAAAGUGAAGAAGAUGUAGUGGAAGAUGAAGGACAUUUUAUGCCAGGAGAGGAUGUUAGCUUUUUUCAAAUGAUAAUGGAUGGCUUAAAUAGGCUUUGGUUAUGGAUUAAGGACUUGUUUGGAUUCAGGAAAGGCAAAUCUGAUGAAUUAUGACGCUGAUCUAUGUUUAGGAAUAGUUGUAAUUUUUUGCAGUACAGUCUUAAGCCUUGUUUCCGUUAUUUUAUUCCCCUUUUUUUAGAAUUGGCCAAAGUAGAAAAUACCAUGGUAUUCUUUAAAAAUGCAGUUUGGGUGUUGCUUCAUGUCAACCUGGAUUUUGUUACAUUCCAUUUCUACACAGUUUUUUGCCAUUACUCAAACCACCAUAAAAUUGUAUUGUUACAAAUUCAAUACCUAAAAAUUGCCAGACACACAACUAGUUUUUAUGCUCUUUCAAUCUAUUACAUUCUCGGGGUUGUAUAUCCCAAACUUCUGUAGGUAACAUGAUGCAAACUGCUAAGAGUAAGGAUAAUGAAAUGAUUGAAUCUCUACUUAGUCACAGAUUCAAACUUUUAGAAACUGCAGCUGUACAUGUAUUUCAACUGUUAGGGCUGUGAUAAAGAAGGGGACCAAGAGGGAAAUGUUAGCUUAAUUUUUGCGUAAUAGUUAUUUUCAAAUCUAAUUUCAUCAAUCUUACUGUCUUGUAGUUGAGGGUAACUAUAAGUUAAAGUUUAUAAUCAUCAACCUUUAUCAUAGACAAAAGAUUGAAUCAUAUUUAAUUGCUGUGAAUACCAUUGUACUCAAAGAACUCCCUUUGUCAGAACUGGCCGGCUGGACCAUUGACCGACCAGUCAGUUUGAAAAUGACAUAGGCUUUUUCCAAGAGUUUUUGCUGAAAAACGUCAUCCUUCAUGCAAACUAUUUAGGAUUUGACUGAUCUGGCUAGAGAGUUUUGAUUAACAGGGAAGUUAUCAUUGUGAUGGGAAUGGUCUGGCCUGUCAGUUCUGACAAAUAGAAAGUGGACUAAUAUUAAUGUCUAGACGCAUUUUACUAACAGAACUACUUAAGGAAACCAUGCAUGAACACAAGAAAUAUUCCUGGGAUGUUAAGUUGUUGCCAGGCAAUAGUUGUUUUUAUUAAUAGUUUCUCACAAACCUCUGAAAACUAAACUGCCUGUAGCAAUGAUAAUUCACUAGUUUGUGGUUUGUUCAUUCUUUGAUGUGAUUGGUUAUUACUCAAUCAACAUUCCUGGAAUUUUUUGUUCAUAGUUUCUGCAUUUGAUAAUAAAGUCUAGCUAUCAGUUAUGACACAAUAAAUACAGGACACUUCAACAACAACAACAACAACAACAAAAUUAAUGAACUAUACUAUAUUCAAGGAGCUAAAUCAACACGAGUUUAGAAUAAUAUAUAAUAGACAUCAGAGUUUGAAAUAAAUUUGUUUUAGGAAACUGUUUCUCCCAUUGAUUUAAUCGCUAGAAUGAAAAGAGAAAGUAAUUCUUUAUCGUAAAAUAAUGAUGCUGAAAACAAGAAAAAAGAUCAGUAUUUAGAGUUCCAGUUGAUAUCUGGCAAUGCUGCAAUCAGUGACAAAAUUAGUUGCGACAAUUCUCCCUCAAGGGCCUCUGACAUUUCGCCGACUUCAAACGAGAAAAAUGUAGCUUUUCCUCCCCUACCCCCUCCAUGCAAUUUUGUGCUGGUAUUCGAGCUCAAUACGGUAGGAAACAACCAAUACCCCAACUUUGAAUGGAGGGGGGGGGAGGAGGGGUGCCGAUUGUUUUUUCUAUGAAUUACCCAUUUGACGACAUUGUCUGAACUCUUGUGGGUUAUCAGAGUCCUUAGCCUGAGAAAACAGAUGACAUUCGCGACGCCACCAACGGUUUCCCCGAGAAAUGACAUCUGAUGACGCGUCACUACCCAAAACUGGGUAGUGAUUUUGAUUGGCUGAAGCACGUUUCCCACGCGGCACGACCAAUCAGAAGCACUACCCAGAUCUAGCUAGUGAUGCGUCAUCAGUAUGGAAUUUCUGCGCUCGUUUGUCAGACGUCAUUUUGCGGGGAAACCGUUGGUGGCGAGGCGAAAUGUCGUCUGUUUUCUCUCCAUUUACGGAAGUCGCGAGAAGAAACGCAUGAGUGGCGUGCGAAAGGGGUUGCGAGAGCGACUUGCUUUGCUCACCAGAAAUGGAGAGCCUGCUCUGUUUCAGGCUAUGUUCUGACCACUAGCUGAAGUAGUUUCUCAGCAGUUCCGAGUUCAAGUCCUCAGCUCCGCUUCUAGUUUAGUAACUGGUUGCCUCUCGCCAGUUGGGGUUUUUAACGGGUCUUUUGCGUUGUAAAGUAAAGAAGCUGUGACUGCUACCACACAAAAGGCAUUCCUUCAAUUUUAGAUGCCACGCACUUUUCAGGAAAGGGAUGGUUUAAAAUACCGAGUGCUAACUUCAAGCUUAACUCGCGUUGGAGCUUUAGUAGGAAAUCCGUGUAAGCAGUUUUUGGUUCGUCCUUUUCAAACUCAAAUACGUCGGAGAAAGGGAGAAAGUAUGGCUUCAAAGAAUGUUCAUCGGCAAAUACCAACAGCUGCUCGUACAACUUUGCGGCAAGUUCAGCGAUGUUCAAUUGUGCAUAGCUCUGCUCCGAACGACGGCGCAUUUCUUGAAAAAGGUAAAAUGUACAGUUUUUUAACAUGUAGCUCUUGAUCACUGAAGGUGGUUUCACCGGUAAUGGUUUCCUCUCAUUGAAUUUCUUCAGCAUAUAAUAACGAUUUGUUGGGAGCUUAUCGAUUUCAAUCUCUGGACACACCUCUUUGGUUUUCACUAUUUUUGCAAGGGCAUAAGCAUGUCGAAACUUUUCUGGCAAGGUUUUCAUCAGAGCCAUCUCUGCAGGUGUGGCUGAGAUUCGCAGCAUUCUCCUUUUGACAAAGUUUUCGUCGCCCUCGAGAAUGUUGCACGUGUGACUUAUGCUGUCGUUCAGAAGAUGCCUCUUCUUGUCAAAGUCUUGAACCUUCGUCUGAAGCAUCAGGAAACAGCCGGCAUCAAUAACAUUUUCAUUCAUUAGAAGGAUUUCGUUUGUAUUGAUGUUAGGUGGCCACCAUCCGCGCUUGUAAACCGCCGGGACUAAGUCAAUGCUCAUCUUCAGUUGUUUGUAUACUGACCCCAUCCAAUACACACAAAAGUUAAACACCGGCUUACCGUGAAGUACCUCCAUCUUGUCCUCGAAAUUGUAGUACAAAUUUCCAGAUGUCCACAACUCUGUUUCGUUCAAAGCCCGUCUUAGGUACCUGCAAAAAUGUUGCAGAAUUGGUAGUGCCAGGAAAUAACCAUCUGCGUCGCAAAACGGCAGAUAUUCCCUAGAAACUGGAGUUUCUGUAAAUCGAAGACACGCAUAACCAGUUUCUAGACAUUCUUCCGUCAUCACAACUGCAGUCUUGUCGUUGAACUUGUCAAGGCAUAGAACGAAGUCGAAUUCAUCUGGACGUCCCACUUUGGUUCCUUCAGCAGAGCUUCCGGAAGGAAAAACUGACAUCUCAAACCUGGAAUCAUAUGUGGCUAUUUUACCGCACAAUGAUGCGACAAGGGUGUUGACUUCUGACACCACUUCUUCUACCUCGGUGGCAAUCUUCAUCGGUCUGAAGUAGUACCUUGUCAUGAGGUGCUGGGAAAAUCCAUCCAUGUGACCCUGUAAGCCAAGCACUGUUUGUACACCUUGUGCAGACGUAAUGCUGGAAGAAGGAAGCAUCCUUGGCAUGUUCAAAAGAAUCUCUUCGAAUGCCCUAUUCCUUGGGAUCUCCGAUGUACCCAUGUCAUCUUCCUCUAGGAUGUUAUGACAUAGAAAGCUACAGUGGCGUCGGACAGUAUCCAGCGGUCUGUCUUGCAAGUCAUCCACUGCAUCUCUGUCAGCGCCAUAUUUCAACAGCAAUUCCACUUGCUCCGGAAAGUUGUGAUAAGCGGCAAAAUGAAGGGGAGUCGCGCCAUACAUAUCUUUCGUAUUUGCGUCUACACCGCCUUCUUCUAUCAGUUUUCUAAGAAGACUUGGAAUCGGUCUAUGCUUCAUAACAGAGACAAGCGGACUGCGGCCCCAUCUUUCCUUCCGGUUAAAAUCCAUCUUGUAUUUUGCAAAAACGUCAAAAACUUUUUCAAGAAACAGAACAAAUGCAGGAGAUUCUCUAUAAACGUUUUCAGCAUCGAUAUCAGCUCCGCCUUUUAUGAGCAAAUCCAUUAUUCUAGAAUACAUCAAACCCGUCGACACACCUGCAAUCCUGUGUAAUACUGUAUUCCCGAGAUUAUCGGCUGUUGUUGCGGACACUCCGUAUGAUAAAAUUUUCUGCAAAGCUUCUUCCGAAAUGUUCGCAUCAUCUAUCAUAUUACUCCACGGAGUCCUGCCAAAAACGUUCCUUUCGGACAACAGAUCCUUUAGAACAGGUAAACUUAUAGCGGCAAUCUUAUCCAACGUGUCCGAAAUUUCUUCAAAAAUUUCUGACGCUGCGUAAACAUGCAAAAAGUUCUCACCCAUUUGGUUUUUUGCCCUUAGCUCUACUUCAGGAAAGCUGCAAAUAAUGUAUCUCAGCAAAGGAGUGUUGUCUUUUCGCGUGGAAGCCAAGUGAAGAACACUGUGCCCAAAGUUGGUCUGGCAAUUGAUCCUUACACCUGCGUCUACAAGAAGGUGAAUCGCUUUUAUCAAGUCAGACCUUACUUCUUCAAAUUCAGCGACGUCAAAGUCCUCAAAAUCAUCCAGGCGCGGUUCUUUACCCAAGGAGAUUAAACAAUGGAGAGCAUUGUAUCCAUUCAAAUCUGCAAUAUUGACGUCAACGUUCGGCAGGCCUAAGAGCUUUUCUAGGUUUUGGAAACUAUCUGUUAUAGCGGCAUAAUGAAGAGGGGUUUGGCCCCACUUGUUUUGUUUGUUGACAUCUCCUCCUUUUUCGAUCAAUAUAUCAAUGACUCUGGAACCUUCCUGAGAUGUGUUUAUGGCUGCAAGGUGCAGGGGUGUUUCACCUUUUACAUUUACAUCAUGGAUGUUUGAACUCUGUGAUUCCCGCAAGCAUGCAUGGACAUCAGACAGGAGAACUGCGUUAUGAAGAUCAUUAUUUCUAUUGUCGCGGUUAUCUCUCACAAAUUCAUUUUCAUCCGGUGUCCUGCUGAUGAGCUCAUGAUGCCAAUAAACAUUCUGUAAAUUGGACUGCAUCUCUUUGCUGCCUUUGCACAGGGAAAACUAACCUGAAGAAAAUAGCAAAGGGAUUAAACGAAAACAUAAAUUUGCCAAGUAAACUAUCAGUACCAGGAUAAUAUAAUCAUUUUUUGAAAGCUGUUAUUUUUAGAGCAUUGUCAAACAAUGAUGAUGAUAAUUAUGAUAAUAAUGACGAUGAUGAAGAUGUUACACUCUGAUGGAGUGUUACAUGAAGAGCAUCCCACAGAAAAGAAGACAGAUGAUGAAGACCUGGAAGAAGAAAUGCACAUGUGUCUGAGCGAAGGCUUGAAGAUCGAGUAAGAGUCAGUUUUGGAAGUUAGUGCACGGUAAUUUUCAAGGAGUUAUAAAAACUCCACUAGAAGGGUUAAUUUAACUCCUUGCAGUGGAGUUAUUUUUUGGGAGUUAUUUUAACUCAAAAAAGGAGUUUAAAGAACUCUUUUUCAGGAGUAAAAAUCACCCCAGAUUUGAAGUUAAUUUUGAGGACUUAAAAUAACCCCCCAAAAGGAGUUAACCUGUACCUAAUUAAAAUUUUUCUCAACUUUCAAAGUUAAAGUAACUCCAAAAAGAGUAAAAACGGCCACAUAAGGAGUAAAAUAACCCCAUUUUCUGAGUUAUUUUCUUUUUCAGGAGUAAAAGUGACUCCAAAUAUUCCAAAAUGACUCCGAAAUUUGUGAAGCAGAAGUCACACUGACUCCACUCAUCAAUAAAAUUUGCAAACCCUGCUAAAAUUUUUACUCCAUUUUUGGAGUCACUCCCUAAAAAUUACUGCAUGAUUGCCUCACCCACAUUAAACAGAAGGACUGAUAUGAGCUGGAGCCUGGUGUUAAUCAGUGAUUGUGAAAUAAAUUCUCCUCGUCAGUACCAUAGGAAGUAUAUGGAUUAUGGUAUUGAGAAUAUGGAAACUGAUCAGGGAGAAGAUAACCUUGAGCCGUAAGAACCAGAAACGUACAAAAGAAAAUACCCGCUUCCAAGAGCUCCGUGGACCCCGGAGCCUCAGUUGAAAAGCUUCAAAAUGGGGGAAAUUUGUCUCCUAUAAGAUGUAGGUUGCAAAGAAAUCCAAUAUGAUAGGUGGCACACCACAAUAGGAAAUUUAAGAGUUCCAGCGCCCUCCCACCCGCGCCGCAAAUUUAGCCUCACCUCAUAGUUUUAAACUGACUGUCGAUCCACAGAUAUCGUAAAAGUAAAAUUUAUGGGCGCGAUAUCUUUUAUUAUUAUUAUUAUUAUUAUUCUCAAAACUCAGGGGCACCCAACGAUGAUUUCCCCCUAAAUGCAUUGAAAACAUAUGUAAGGCUGUCCAGAGUACUUUUGACCGAAUAAUGCAUUCUAAACAGCGCUUACAUAAAUUUAGUCAGGAGGGCUAAAAGCGAAGCUAAUGAUUUAUAGUUUGCUCAUACUAGAUAUAAAAUAUAUCGUGUAAUGCUAAGCGGAGAAGGCAACGAGACAGGGCCACCCAACGACUGUUUCCUCAAAUACUUUCAAUUGAAAACACUUUUGUAGCUAUUCAUAAAGUACUUUUAGCUCUAUAGAAAUGCAUUCUAAGUGGCGCUAUAAAACUUGCAUCUCAGUGUUCAGCCAUUCUAGAGGAACUUGAGUCUUUUCCAAAUUACGAGGAAUUCAGAAUUAUUUUCCCGAAAAUUUUAGAUGCAAUUUAACGUAUUACGAAGGAGAUAAUUUUUCAGAUACCUUCUUUCAUCACAUUUUUGAAUCCAUAAAAUUUUAGGAUUCCAUUUUACUCUCUCUGAAAAAUAGCCUAACCCGGUGAGUGAAAUGUGAAAAAUUAAAAGUUGGAUGCCCUUGACCAGAACUGUGAAAAACAACAAUAGGUCUAAUUGCAGCACACUUUCUUGUACAUUUCCUUGCCGUUGAUUUGCAUGACUGCAACGUGAAACUUCCAGAAAACGUCCUGGUUUUCACUUUUUAUGGAGAAAAUGUGGUACAUGUUCUUGUUCACUUUUUCCACUGCUGCUCAUUUUUUUUUAGCUCCGCUAUAAGAUUCGUAUCUGUUCGGUGCUCCCAGGGCAAAUUGGAUCUUUUUAAAAAUUAUAAGGGCUUCAAUAUUAUUUUCCCGAUUGAUUGACCUAGAAGCAAUAGUACCAUCCCUCCCAUAGCAAGUGCUGCAUUGUUGCGCGAACGCGGUCGCUAAGCUUGAAUAUUCACGUCGCGUAUUAUUACUCAACAAAAUGCCACUAAAAAAGACUGCAGUUAAAGGUUCUUAGCUUUAUUUUGUUAUAUUUUAAUUUUUGGACCAUUUUAGUUCAUUGUUUCAGUACUCAUCGCAUUAUUUGUCCAUUAGUUCAUCACUAACAAGUUUAGAAAAUUAAAACAAGCUAACACUAAACGCCAUAUUUAGCCUAAAAAUAACACUAAACGCCAUAUAGCCUAAAAAUACUCACAGAAAUCCUACCAAAUCUUCGUGGACAUUGUUUCUCCUCUUGGUUUUCUUGGAACCGAGCCCGCAAAAAUUAUUCUCAAUGGCCUUUGCUAUGCAUAGGUAACUACGUCGUGUAAGAGGUUUUCUGGUGGAUUCAACAUGGAGCCGAUGGAAUGGCCGUUAAAAUCGUCUGCUCUUGGAAAGGUUUCUUGGAGAUUUCAGAGUGCUUUUAUUCUUGGCUUAGUUGGGUUUUCCAGUAAAAUAUUCCUGGGUAAGAUGUUGCUUUUACACGCAAAUGAUCUUCGUCGCCCAUUUGGCCUGUUUUGGGCUUAAGAUAAAGCUUGGGUUUCCUAGUUGAAUCAUUAUUCUUAUCAAGGACGACUCAAUAAGCUUAAUUUUUUUCUGUUUCUCGCACUGCUGUUUCAUGAUAGUUUUUAUGGCAUCUUUAGACAAAUGGAAGCAUCGGUCGGACCGUAGACUCGAGGUGGGGUCAAAUAUCCGGAAUAAUCAACGUCGUGGUGUUUAUGGCUCAGUCAAUUCCAAGCGUGCCCAUCCCCCCCCGGGAAUUUGUCAGGCAUUUGUCAUUUUGUUUUGGAAAAGCUGCAAAUGCCCCACGGUGGGGCCGGGCGUUCAUACAAAACCCCCAUUUGGAAUUCUGUUCCAUUUAAAAUUAGAUCUGCUGCUUAAAUCUAAACUGAAAACCUAUUUAUUUUGUUGCUUAUUCUUAAUUUUCUGUGGACCAUAACAUUAUUGCACUUUUUUGUUGUUAAUAUUCCUUGUUUCUAGCUUUUAGGAUAUUUGAUCUUUAUCAGAUUUUAAAUUUCUUUUAUUUCUUUUUUUUAUCAUUAUUAUUUUUGACAGUUCCAAUAUUCAAUUGUGUUGGACCCAGUUGUAAGGUCUCUCCUGAUUGGUCGCAGAAAACAAUGACAUGUUAUUCUUUCAAUUGUUUCAGUAUUGUUUGGGGUCAGGGUUAGGCACCACUGGUGACUUCUCUUCCGAGCAGCUGCUACAUGACCCCCAAUAUUUCUUGUUAAGCGCCUUAGAGCCAUGUACAAAGGGAUUUAAUAAUGAAUUAUUACUGCUAGUUUUUUAAUCAAAAGAACGUCAUCUGAAAAUGUAAUAAAUUGUUUAUUUGGAGUUUCGUGAUUUGAAAGGAAAAUCAUAAUUUAUUAGUCUUGAGCAGAAAAACUUUGUUUCACACUUUUAUGCUUGAUUAAGGCUUUUGCAUCUCUUUUAGAGUGGUUUAACUCAGUGAGAAAGUACAAUUAUGACAUCUUGGAGAAAAAUGCGGAGGAAAGACCUGAUGGAGUGCCUUUGGUGACAGUUUGCAAUCAUACAUCUUGUCUUGAUGAUCCGUGCUUAUGGGGUAAGAGAAUGUUUGUUACUAUAAGUGUUUCAGAUCAAGUGGUGUCUCACGUAAUAAAAUUAAGAUUAACCAUAGGGUACACCUGCCCUUUAUUCACAACACCAACUGCCCUUGUUUAUUGUAGAAUACGGUAUAAUUGAACACGACCAUUGUGGAAACUGCCUAGCGAAGGAAGUGACUAAACAGAAAAAAGAGACAAGUGGUGAAAAUGUACUCCAUGUGAUUUGUUCAACAUGGAAUGUAUUGUUCUGCUGAUGGAAUUACAUUUGCAGCAUGCAGAGCACCUUUGAUCAAUAAAUUAUAAACAUGAGUGUAAAUUUUAGCUGGAAUUAAUGUCAAACACAAGUCUUCUGUGUCCAUAUCAUGAACAAACAACAAUUUUCCAUCGAAGCGAGUUAGAUACAGGUAACGGAAGUUGUGUUUGGUUGUUUCUUUUACUACAACAUUUAAGUUUUUAUGGCUAAAGGCUGGUUCCAGAUGGUAUCAGAGUUGUAAUUGGACUUGUAAAGAGCACUUAUGACUGAAUCAAAAUCAAGAAUCAGAAUGAUAAGUAGAGUCGCAAGCUCGAUGGUUUAAAAUUGGCUACAAUAAGAAUGUUUCCAUUUUCUUCCAACCCACUUUUGACUCUGUUGCAUAUGAUCUGUCGUGGUGAGGAAUAAAAUGUUGGCUUUGGAAGCAGAGGGAGAAGAAUACGCUUAGUACUGUCUCAUUUCCAUGCCUUGUGAUUAGUUCAGAUCAUCUUCUUCUGCUUGAGACUACGUGAUUGUUGUAGUGCUCAGCAAAAGUGGAAGAAUUAAACCAAUCACAAUGCAUUGCAUCAAUCUAGUUUUAACUAUACUGUGAGGGCCAGAAAUGAAAGCAAAUUAGUAACGAACAAUGUUUACUCAGAUCAUAACUCCCUGAGCUUCUGAUAAGACUGCGACUCUGACGCUUGCCCAGGGUUGUCACUAAGAUUUCAAGUUGCCGGGUAAAUACAACAAGUAGGCGGGGAAUCAAAUGGCUGGGGAUUUCUUUUGGUUCUAUUUUUCUUCUAUUUUCCAAUAAAAGUAGCCAGGGGCCACUCUCUUAGUAGCCGGGGAAAAUCCCCGGCCCCCGGUUCUUAAUGACAACCCUGCUUGCCCCUGUUAAUAAUGAACUCAUGCACAAGAAACUCUAGAAAAAGUUCUCCUAUCAUCAUGGAUGCGUAUAUAGAAGAAAAAAAAUGUGACAUUAAAUGUCCAUACUUUUACGGACAAAGGCUCUCAUCCAAGGAGCUCAGAAUAUUGAAUGACUAAAUACUUUUUAAUCUUUUUUAAUUUAUUCAGACCCAUAUAAACAGAGCCUUCAACAUUCCAUUUUAUUUGGACACUUAUGCAUAGAAUUUUGUUAUUUAUUUUCAAGGACUACUGAAAAUACGGACUGUUUUAAAUACACGUAAGAAGGUCAGAUGGUGAGUGCUGUCAUAAGUGAAGACCUUUUUUUUUAUGUUGAGCACUGCAGGGUGCAAGGAAAGUCAGGUUUAAGCUUGCCAUUUGGGCAAGCUGUAGCUAGCACGUACUUGCCCGAGUCAUUUUAACUACCUUAUUCUCCUUUAUUUUCGUGAGACUUAAAUUUUGCAAAAAUUUUCUCAGCACAUUUCGCAAGUCUUUAAUUUCGCGAUAGCGGAGAAAAAUUGUGUUUGUAGGGAAUUUAAUUUCGCUAAAUUGACGAUUAAGUGACUUUAUUUUUUAUUUUUUCAAAAAUUUUAUGUUAAUCAACAAUAAUCAACAAAUAUUGGUUUUGUUUCAAUUAUUGAAACAAAACCAAUAUGCUGUCCCUGUUGAGGUGAUAUGUGAAAUGGACGAUACACCAAAGAACAGGGCAAUAAUGGAAAGAUACAAGACACUCGUAACUACACACUACAAGGAGCCGGGACAGGAUGGUCAAUUUGACGACUGUACAAAGGAUGUAUUGGAGGAACUGUGCGAAGAUGAUUACUCAGAUGCCGAAGAAGAACUUGAGGCGAAUCUUGACACUGAUUAACCUUUAAAGUUGAUAGAUGAUAGCUCCUUGUACUAACACCUUGUGUUAAAAAUUGUUUAGGACCCUUGAAAACACAAAUACAUGAUUUUUCUAUGUCCAUUAAAUUUCGCGAGAUCAAAGUUCGCGGUCGUUAUGUUUCGCGGAUCUUUAAGUUCGCGAAUUUUUUAAAAUCGCGAAAAUCACGAAUUUAAGAACCCGUGAAAAUUAAAGAGAAUAUAAAGGUAGGCCGAAAAAUAUUUUUUUGAUCAGCGAGAUUGAUUACAGUUCUUUAGUAAUGUGAAUUUCCUAAACAAAUUCAUUUGCCCGUCGGGGAAUUUAUUAGGACACAAUUCAUUGGCCCAAGGUUAUUGGACACGACUUUCUUUGCAAGCUGCACUGUAAUAUUAAUCAUGUGAUUAAAGACAUCUCCCUCUUAACCACUAACACACGUUGGGGCUGACUCCAAGGUUUCCGUUAACUACCAGAACUGGCCAGCCAGAAUAGCUCUGUCAUAAAGAGAAUUCCACUUUCAUUCAGAACUAGACCUCCAGCUAAAUCAGUGGGAUCAGGCUAUUCCUUAACAGUAGAAAUUGGUGGGUUUUUUAGGGAAAACCCUCAAAGUGAAACCAAGUUUAUUUUCAAAACUGCCAUUUUGGCUGGCCAGUUCUGACUUGGGUAAGUGCCUCAAAGUUUCAAAGGGGUUGCAUUGGCUCAUAGAAAAUCAAACAGUAAUUACUGAAGAACAAAAGGGGCCAAACUACCAGUGUACAUCAAUUAAGUAUAGAGAUGUCUGAAACAAUGCUUCGACCUCUACUUGUCUCAAUUUUACCUUUUGGCGACUUGAAAUAAAUAAAAAUUUAUGGUUGGCAGACAUAAAAAAAUGGUCACCAGAAAAAGAAAAGGAGCAAUAUCGCAUGAAGACACCUUAAUGGUUCAUCUUUUUCAGUGGUUUAGAGCAUUACAAGUCACUCGACAUUUUUGCUGCAAACAUUAUUUUACUGGUGGUGGUAAAUAAUUGUAAAAUGUAAAUAAACGGCUAGUCAGACAUGAAAUAAAUCAUUGAUGAGGAAAUAAAUGUAUUUUGUGAUUGAUACAAAGUUACCGUAGGUCAUGUAUGCAACCCUAUUGACACAUUAUGCCUUUUGUCAGACAAAAUAUCCAAUAGACCUUUUUACCGAUCAGCGACCAUAUUGAAUUAAUUCGAUUUAAGGAGUAUUAUAAGAUGCCCAGAGGGCAUGAGCACAUUUCGUUUGUAUUUUCUAACGCUUUUCAGGACAUUUUUUCUUAAACUUUUCUUAGAAUAAGAUUGUAAUGGGAAAAAAGAUCCUUGUGCCAUGUUUGGAUGUAAUAAUGAUCGCCUUUUUCCUGAGAAAUAUACAGUGAAAGACCAUAUUUCUAAAACUAAACUAGAAAAAGGCGAUCAUUAUUACAUCCAAACAUGGUACAACGAUCUUUUUCCCCAUAACAACCGAAAAGCGCUUGAAAAUACAAACGAAAUGUGCUCAUGCCCCCUGGGCAUCCUAUAAUACUCCUUAAUGGCCACCGUAUUGGUAAAAAGGUCUAUUUCAUUGGAAUAAUCUACAUUGCCUGCUUUUGUUUCUCUUAACAGGACUCUCGGUGCCCGUGAACUUUUGUUUUCAACACCAUUUCAUUGUGCUUUUUUCAGUAGAGCAAAGGUAAGUGAUGUAAUCCCUCUUACUAGUCCAGGGCAUAAAACAAAUAAUAAUAUUAUUUAUUUCUCGUGUUUACAACCAGUUUCCUUUAGCCAUGUUGCAGGCAAACCAACCUUUAAUCCGCAUUAUUUUAACAAACCAUUUUUUGUUACUAAAAAUAAUAUAAUGCAGGUAAUUAUUAUUGUUUGUUGAAAAUUAGGAUAUUAAUGCUAUGACGUAAAUACAAUGCAUACUUUACUUCCUUUAGUGUAAACCAGCAGGCUUUUGCAGAAAGUCAAAAGUUAAUAAAAUCAUUUUUACAUUCUUUCCAGGCAAUUCCUGUUGUUAGAGGUAAGUCACUAUGAAACAAUUUUUCAUUUACACUGUUUAAAGAAGUCCUACUAAUUAAAGAACAAUAAAAUUUUAAGGAAUGUAUUGUUAUGCUGUGAAACAGAUGACUUACAGUCAGGCCAGGUCAAGCGUAACCUCUUCAUGAUUUGAUUAUUACUUUGAAAAAUGAGUUAGUUAGUUGUUCCCGUAUGACUAGGGUCAAAUUCAACUCAGGACUCCUGUAUAAGCCCCUCAAAUGAAAAAGCACUGUGAAUAUUUUACAAGAAAAUAUCUCUGUAUUUGGUAAAUACAAAAGUUGAAAAAAAGGAAUAAAUUUACUUCUUUGAAUGGAAAUUUCCCUUAGAUUGCACCCUCAUCAAAAAUAAGCCCCUCCUUUUGAAAAAUAUAAGCCCCGGGGAUUUUCUUUUUACGGUAUUUUAUUAUUCAUACAAGAAUUGAGAAUCUUUGAAUGGAAAUUGAAUUAUUCAGGCAAGAAUGAAAAAUCUACAACUACCAAUGGAUAUGGAAUCUUGGGAGGUACAGUAUGCUGACCUUUGCUGACCUGGUCUGACUGUAAGUGAACAUUCCAUAUUCAUUGAUUUGUUCAUGUUGACUGAGUACGAUUUUUGAACAGGGGAUGGUGUUCAUCAGAAAGGAAUGGAAGUAGCACUUGAACGUCUUAAUCAAGGAGAAUGGAUUCAUAUCUUUCCUGAAGGUAAAAUUAAUAUAAAAUUAAUUUACUAUUAGAAGAAAAAGAGAUCAUUGAAUGAACCAAUGAAUAAACAAACCAACAAACAAGUGAAUUACUAAUCGAUGUAGUAAAACUGGUUCUUUUUAAUAAUCAUAUAAAUUCAACAAACACUCAUACUGUUGAUCUGGACACAAGCAUACCACAAAGCCACAGUCAAUAUUAUUGCUAAAUAUUGUGGUUGUUUUUCUUAAGCCAUAAUGGCUUUGUCCUCUGGAUACAAUAACAUUUAAGACUAGGUUAAGGGUACAGUUGUUACAUUUUACCCUCCCCGGUCGGUAACUCAAUCUUCCCACUUAAACUCGACGUACUUUUUGUUUCCCUUCAGACAAUCUCUAUAUAAUUCAGGGGUGGAUUCAGAACUUUCAAAAGGGAAAACAGCUCUAUUCUAGAUACUUUUCUUUUUCUGACAGAGAUGGAAUUCUAUAAUUGUAAAAUAAUACAAAAUUUCAAAGGACCCACCCCUAAUUUUGCCCAUGCAAUUUUACCCUUGGAAAAAAAAAGUAUGAAGUCAGAAACAUUGAAUUUAUUUAUAAAAAGUAGUGUCUAUUCUUUGUCUUACAUUCAUGUCACCCAACUUCAGAUUCAGUGUCCAUCCCUGUAUAUUACUCAAGCUUUGUUGCUCUGGAUAUUUUAGUUAAAGAAAUGCAAGUUAAUUAGCAGUUAAUCAAUUAAAUGAUCAACUAUUUAAUUUGCACUAUUUGUCAUUUUGUUGUAGUUAUUUCACUGAUAGCACUUAUGUUGGUGGUAAAAUUCUCUUUGUUAGGUGCCAUCAAUAUGAAUGAUGCCAUCAAGAGACUGAAAUGGGGUAAGUUGAUCUUAGUUUAUGCUUUGACUUAAUUCCCGGCCUGCCACACUGCUGUGCGCAUUGGGCAGCAGGUCUUCUCCACUUGACCCAAUCUUGUCUUGUGUCCAUUUCUCAUCUCAGAUGGAUGCUCUCCUUAACUGGGUCUUUAUUGAAUAUCUGGGAAUCAAAUGGUCCAGUAAUGCUUUCCAAUCCACUAUGGCUCCCUUCUUUCUUUUUGUUGAAAUCUCCGUACUAUGAUUUUGUGAUAUCUUGGCUCAGUAUAUCACAUUAAUGACAUCUUGUGGUAGUUGCCCAUUGAAUUGCUCAGAAUUGUCCUUGUCGUCAUCGAUUGGUGUGUAAACCUGCACAAUUAUGCUCAUAUGGAAAUUUCCCUGGAGGGGGCCGGGGAAUUGGUUACUUAGAAAUGUUUGGGUAGGAAUGUGCCGUUGGGACCCAGGAACCCUUAGCCUAUAUCAGACUUAGUUUAGCUGAAUUUUGCUACUCUUUGGUAGACUAAACUUCCAAAGUCUCUCCCUAUCCUAGAGUCCCUAUUUUCUAGAAAUUACUGAGGUUGACACUUUCUUUGUUAUUAAACUGAGUUGGGGGUAAAUUUUUGGUGUUGUUUGUACAAUUUUCUUCACCCACCUGCUUUCUGAGCGUCCUGUCCAUCUCAUCUUAAUGGUGAUUCCCGUAACACAUAUUUUGUAGUGCUGUUACAAGUUCAAUUCUCACUGCAGUUGUACCAAGUUGUGGGGAACCUUGAACAAGGUUCUAUCAUUCCUGGUAGCCAGUCUGGUGAUUCCAUGCUCUUCUCAAGAUCUGAACUUCCCUCCCUGUAGACUUUGACUCUGAUCUUUUAAAUCCAUAAAUCCUUGUGUGUCAGUGUAGAUGUGCUUGUCAUUGUAAAUGUUUAGUAGUAAUUUUGAGGUUUUAUGUUGGCUGGAAUGUUGGUGCCCCUGCCAGAACAUCUGCGUCACAGGCUAGCUCCCUAUAUGCAUUUCAGGAACAAAACUUGUGAAUGAUUUCUCUCCAACGUACUCUGCUUAUUCACCCUUUUCAUGGUCAGUUUUCCGUGCGUACUUGACUUUCCUGUAGAACUGGACAAUUAAUUGGAAAAACGCUUCAAGCCAUUCUAAUCCCCAGAUUUACUCAUAUAAUUUUCUUUACUGGUAAGUGCUUUACCCAUGUUAGAGUCACCCCAACAUUACAGACCAAUUACUACAGGGUGCUCAAGAGGAAAUUAGUGAUGGUCAGUUGGUUUAAAGGUCUUGAUUUGCACUCGGUAUAUAAUUAGGAUUUUCAAUUUUUUUGUUAGGUGUUGGCAGGCUCAUAGCAGAGGCCCAGGUCACUCCAAUAGUUGUACCAUUUUGGCAUGAAGGCAAGUUGUUAUUAUUGCCAAGUAUGGUCAAAUAGGUAUAUCUAAUUAGUAAGCUACAAGAUAAUUGUAAAUCUUGUUACAGUCAAACUGGGAAAACCGUGAGCACCAGAAGUAUUAAUGAUAAUAUGUUAUUGCCUUGCAAGAGAACAGCCAAUCAGGCGUGAGAAAACUAAACUGCAAGCAAGAACGUUAAUUAGUUUGUGGUUUUGUGGCCAGUUCACGUGUCCUGAUAUUUGCUGUGAUUGGUCAUAACACAUUUAACACUCCUGAGAUAUUUCAAGUGUUUACGGUUUUCCCGGUCGCACUGUAAGUCCACUCCCCUCAGGACUUUCCAGUCAUGUACCAUACUAUCGCUCCCCUCCCCUCCCCUCUUAUACGAGGGGAAAAAGUCUUUUUACAAAACAAGCAUGGACAAGUUAUCAUGUCCAUGCAUCUCAUUAGUUCACUCUAGGGUCCUCUUCAAAAAGUUGUCGAAUCGUACGAGUAGUGCAAAUGGACGAAAUUAUUGUUAAGUGGACAAAUGCAUCACAUUACAUGGUUCGCACUGGCCUUGAAAAGUGCUUGAAAAAGCAUCCUGUCGUUGAAAAGUCCUGGGAUAUCCUUGAAAGGUCCUGGAAUAAAUUUUUGAAAGCUCCUUGAUUAAAAAUAACCUUCGGUAAAAAGAAAAUGUUUUGCGCAAAGGAAUGAUAGAAAGAACAGCAAUACACAAAUUUUGUUGCUGAUGAUUAAAGUGCUUUCUUCUGAUUUCUGUGUUCCCGGCAUAGUUCAUUUUCCGUUAUUUCAAGUAUCCUAGGAACCGUGCCCUACUAAAGGAAGGUAUUGAGAUAUGCGAACCCCCCUCCACCCACUCAUUUUAAAGGUCUUUGCUUCAUGUUAUUGGGGAAAAGAAAUCCUUGAAAAAAUAAUUUUAGUCCUUAAAAAGACCUUGACUUUUUUCCAAAAAAUUCUGUUUGAGCCAUGCCGUUGCAUGCGAGACUUCAGUUUUUACAGCAAAUAAAUUAAUCUUUUGUUCCCAGACAAAAAAAUCGCUGGGAACAAAGCGUUGUUGCUACUUUUCUAGCAGCAAAUCUACUUUUUAAAUCUACUUUUUCUUUGUUGUUAAACUGAGUUGGGGUAAAUUUUUUGGUGUUGUUUGUGCAGUUUUCUUCACCCUGCUUUCUAAGCUUCUUGUCCAUCUCAUUUUACUGAUUCCCAUAACACAUAUUUUGUAGAUGGUCAAUUCUCACUGCAGUUGUGUCAAGUUGUAAUACCUUGAACAAGGUUCUGUUGUUCCUGGUAGCCAGUCUGGUGACUCCAUCUACUUUUUAAAGUUAGGUUUAGUUCGAAAUUUGUUCCAAAAGUUCUUAUCUCAGUGCCGAAAGCGCCAAAUUUGGGACGUUUCAAGAAAAACUUAGAAAAAAAAUGAAAAGUUUUAAAAUAAUAGCUGAAAUCCCAAAAGGCUUAGUAUUGUUCUGAAUUUUGUUUUCUCUGAAUAGAUGUAUGGAUAAUUAAUGAAUGUAUGGGUUACAUGGAAAUCUUGCCCUGCAUGCUCAACUGACCUAUAAACAAAAUGAAAAACAAUAUUACAAACACACUUUGCAGUUCUGUUGUCUGCUUGUUGUAUUGCAGAUCAGAAAAGCUCGCUAAGUUUAAUAAUCGAUAAUCGCCAACGAGCGAAGACAAUUUUUCUCUCUGUUUUUUUUUUUUAAUUUUUUACAUAAAGUGAAGCCAAACAACAAGUCUGUUACCUUAAGACUAGCAGCACUAACUUUUAUAAUAAUGCCUUCAAAAAAUUCCUUGAAUAGCGAUGCGAUAUAUUUCGUCUAAUACUUCUCAGCUAGCGAUUGAGGUUUCUUUCGCAGUAAGUCUCAUGACUUUGACAUUAACUAUACAAAGGGGAUUACGUCCCCUACAGUCUUUAUAGACGGGUUGUUCAACAUCCCACAGCAGAGGAAUUCUUACAGAGUUCUUACAUGAGCAAGGGUUGGGACUGGGGUUGUGACCGAAAGACUUCUAACUGUUUGUAGUCUGUUCCAGGCUCUCAGAUAGUGGGGAAGAAGCGAAAGUAAAAGGCACACGAAAAGUUGGCGGGGUGGGAAAAGGGAAAAGGAAGCCCCUGCUCUCCCCAGUUCUCUCCCGUUUUAUUUUCGUGUUCAUGCUUUUUCAAUUCAGCGGCCCCGACUAUCUAAGAGCCUGGAACAGGCUAAACUGUUUGCAGAUGUCAUUUCAAAAGCAGCUCAUUUUCGUCAGUUAUUUAAAGACCCUGAGUGUAGUGAGUGUCGGUCCGGCCAGGAUUUGAACACGGCGCGGAAUCGCUCUUGGCAGACCGCGGGGCGCUCAUCUGGUGAAGCCCACCGGUUCUGUACCUUAAAUACUGCCAUAGACUUCGUUUCAGUUUUGAUCCACAUUUUCAACAACUCUGAGUGCAUCAUACUCUUUCUUACACGGAUGCAAGACGACGGAUCUUCCUUUGAAGUUGACAGUGAGCCCCUAAGAACUCAGCCCCAUGAACUUCGCUUAUUCCAUUGAACAAACAAGCCAUUUUCACGACGGCAUGAUUUUGACUAAAUAUUGUUAUUGUUAUUCUGGACCUGAAUAAGAAAACAAAUUGAUCAAGAAAUCAAACAUGAUCCUGGAUUCUGGUAGUUGCAGUCAAAUGACUGAAAUGAUCUCUUUGUGAAAAUGGCCGUUUGACAGAGUUAGAAUACUCGGAAGUAUUACCGCUAAAAAGUGUAAAAGACUCGUGAACUCUUGUUGUCGUCGUGGUUGCUUAAAACCCAGACAAACGGUCUUGAUGAUAUUGUCUCACGAUUCUCCUCGAGAGAGUCUGCUCACACCAUGUCAUAACAUCCCACAAGAGGUUGUGACCAUGUCUCUUUAGCGGCCUAAUGACAAACCUUUUAUUUUCUCUUUUAAUAGAGACCAUCGAAAGCGCGUAUGGAAAUAAAUGCCAGGGGAGAUUUACGUAUCGACCGCUACCCCAAUAGGGUGUGCAAACAAGAAAAUAGCGCUCGCUGUCACGCGCUAACCAAAUUCUUAAAAAAGAAAACUUGUAGUGACUCCUAAAAAGUCACAACAUCGGUUGUCAAGAACUGUUUAAACGCUGAGAUAACAUAGUGACUGUUUAACCGAGACCUAACCCCCUUCUAAUUGUGAAGUGACUCGAAUGUGCCAGAUCGUCGAGCAAACAUUCGAUUUUAGUAACCCAGACUAAAUCUGUCGCGUAUUAGAAAGAAUGUUUCAUUAAUAUUUAAAUGUCUUUGAAAACUUUUUACAGGAAUGGAUGAUGUUUUGCCUAACCAAAGUCCGUACAUUCCGCAAAUAAUGCAGGUCAGUGAACAAGACAUACGAAAGAGAGAACUCAGUUUACAUGAGUUGCCUUAACUUGAUGACACCCUUUAUAAAGCUGUGAGUUUUUUUAUUAUUUCCCCUAGAAAGAAUUUACGAAUUUUUUUGUUUGCCGAGUUUCUGAAUGCAGUGGAACCUGGGUAAUUCGGAGACUGAAUAGUCUCUCUGGCAGCCGAGGGAGCGUUGCGUGACAUCCAAAACACGGCUGCGAGGUAGACUGGAGACUAAAGAGCAUGCCAUACCGUCCAGCGUGUAUCCAGGUUUCAAUUUUAAGUGCCUCUCACAACACGGACAUAUACCGGAGUCUUAUUAAUACAAAGACUCAGAGAGCAUACAAAAGUAUAUUUAAUGAGCACAAACUGAAGAAAACUUCGCUGUUCAAACGGGUUCAAUGAAAUCUAUGUUCUCGUUGGUGUAUGAAACACAAAUUCAAAACCUCAUUUAUAAUUCUUAAAGAAAAAAACAAAAUAAAUUUUAAAUGCUUACCGAGCCUCUUUAUAUCUGAUAAAGACGCGGCUAAACUUUACCUCCAAUUUUUUAGACCAAAAUAACCCCAAAUCUUAAUAUUAGUGCAAGAAUGAGUUGAUCUAUAUCAGAGAUAUUGAAGCUGUUCAAAAAACGAGCAGGGAGUGUAUUAUCAGUUUUACUAAACUCUCGGCCUCGCCUCGAGUUUUGUCCUGUUCGUUUUUUAAGCAGCACACCGUAGCCAGUUCUUGUCUUUAAACUGUCAUUUUCCGUCAGCUGUUGAGAAAGCAUUUGUUAAGACUAUUGGUGUCUUGUGUUAGGUUUUCACUGGUCUGCUUGUGGUAUAAAUGAAUAAUUCCGUUUGAGGGAAGAAGAAACUGUUCGACGACGUUUUGUUCUUACAAGCCAAAUCACCCGUUGACUGAACUUGACAGUGAUUUAAAGUAAAAGUUAAUCGACAUGCCAAAAAAAGGUAUUUUUGACUUAAGCGAAAUGUUUGUCUUUUCUCCUGAAGCGAGUAACAGUGCUGAUAGGAGAACCAAUGGAAUUUACAGACACUGUGGAGGAAUACAGAAAAGCAAAAAAGACUGCAGUGAGUCAGAAUCUUAAUACAUAACUUGUUUCAGGCGUUCAGAUGGUGGAGGGUGGCGCAAGGUGGGGAGAAAAAAAAAACGAAAGCGGAAGAGGGAGACUUAGAAAGGAAACAAGAACGAAUCGUUGGGAAAUUUUUUUUAGAGCCUUUUGAGUUUCUUCAGAGGCAUGUUUCCUUUUUUGGGGGCCCCUAUUUGGUUUGAAACCUUUGGAUAUUCGAUAAAAACAGUAAAUGGGCACAGUCGUCUUGUACAUCAUGGGAAAAAAGAUGGCACUUUCGGUUAUUAGUGCUCUGGCCCCGGUUGCUCAAACGUUGGAUAGCGCUAUCCACCGGAUAAAUCACUAUCCAGUGGAUAAGUAUUUGGGAAACCAAUUGCACUAUCAACUGGAUAGAGAUUUAUCCAUCAGAUAGCGCUAUCCACCUUUUGAACAACUGGUGCCUGGUGGUUUACAAAAACAAAAUUGUUGUCACACUUGUCACGCAAGGUUUGCCGUCUUCUCUACUCUGCCGUCCUAAGCGCGUUAUUUCUCUAUUAGCUUAGCCAGGCAGACUGACACUGGUCUGUCAGUCCUAAGUUAUGUGAUUGAUUCUUGUUCGUGAUGCUUACAAUGUGAACUGCGUUUGUUGUUGGUUCUCAAACCAAGGGUGUUUUUUCUGAUUGUCCAGUUUAAAUUCCUCAUUUUAUUAACCAAAACCAACAUUUCCAAAUUCUAAGUCGACCUGGGAUUUAAGGGGCUUAUCAGUCCUCGGAGACUGUUUGAACAGUCUCUAAUCUCUUGAAAAAAAAAAAAAAAGUCGAAAUGAUUGUUAUAUUAUUUGUACCUUGCAGAUGGAAGCAAGAAAACAGAUCACUGACCAGAUUCAAGAAAGAUUUAAAGAGCUUAAAGAAGAAACACGGCUGUUACACAGUAAAUGGAGAUGA